AUGAAGAAACUAUCAAAAAUUAGAAAUUCCAUAGAGCUUGAUGUGUCUCUUUCACCUCUUCAUGAACAAUCUGAAUUCCCACUCAGUUGCCUUAUAUGUAAAGAAGAUUAUGACCAAGAUUACUUUACUGAAAUCUCAAAAAUUUUCCGUCAGAAAAAAAUGAAGACUGAACGCAUAGGUAUCGGUGUUUGUUUCAAUUCCGAUAUGAAAAUAAAUGAAAUCGAAAUGGAAGAGCAUUUGAUUCGUGAAUCAGAAGAAGAAUCCAAUGAAUUAAUAUUUGUUUAUUCUGACUUUGAUUCUGCUUCAGUUGAGCUUUCUGAAGCAAAACCAGAAGAGAUUUCUGAAGAGAUUCCUGAAAAAGUUGAAGAAGCACCAGAAAAGAGAAAACGAAAAGUAAAGAAGCAAGUAAAGAAGCAAAAAGAAGACGGUGAGGAAAUGGAAGAAUUGACUGUUCAAACACCUUCGCAACUUGAUAUAAAUAAAAUUAGUCGGGACAAGAGUCCAAGAGGCACUCAAUACCUAAACGUUGACGUGGACAUUGAAGCAGGAGAAGAAGCUUCUAGCACUGACGGAAUAAUCGAAUUAGAACAAAUCGAGUACGCAGAAAGUGAAACAUCAGUUCAAUUAGCAGAAGAAGACUUUAUGGAUGUUGAUGUAGUUUUGGAAGAUUUGAAGAAAGAUGAUAAAAUUGAAGCUAUUUUACCUAUUUCACCUAACUUGAAGGAUAUUUCUGAAAGGAUUAGUUUAGCAAAAGUGGCAGAAGAAAAAGAAAAAAUUGCAAAGGAAGAGAAAGGUGACAAAAAAAAUUUCAAUUUCUUGGUGAAAUUAGUUAUUGCUAGGCGCUUUCGUUCACCACAUAAGGAGCUCUACCACUGA